CCAGAGCUGCUCUCCCCACCUCAGUCUUCCCUCCGCUCACCAUCAUGCUGCAGAGUUCUGCUGGAACUCCGGGCCGACCGGGGCUCCGGCUACAGGUCGUUGUGUGUAUGUUGUUCCUGUGCGUGACACCUGCAGCGCUUCACCCCCAGUGUUUGGACUUUAAGCCACCCUUCCGUCCAGAAAGAGAUCUGGAGUUCUGCAUCAUGUACCGGGAGUUUGGCUGUUGUGAUCGCCAGAAGGACCAGGAACUGAUGGCCAGAUAUUACCGGAUCAUGGAAAACUUCACUGAGAAGGGCCAUGAGAACUGUGUGGGCUUUGUGUUGGAGCUGCUCUGCCAGGAGUGUUCACCGUUUGCAGCUCACCUGUUUGAUGCUGAGGAUCCCAGCACCCCGCUCCGGACCAUCCCAGGCCUCUGCCCCGACUACUGCUCCCAGUUCUGGAACCAGUGCCGCCCAAUCAUCCCUUUCAUAUCAGAUUACACACCUUUAAAUCAGGCCAAAGACGAUCAGAAUCGUUUCUGCAAGCUUCUAGAGCUGGAUGAUGCUGAUUAUUGUUAUCCUCACCUACUCAGCAAUCAUAAGCUGAACCAGAACCUGGGCCGGGUUCAGAAAGAUUCUGAUGGUUGUCUGCAACUAUGUCUGGAAGAGGUGGCAAAUGGCUUGAGGAACCCACUGGCUAUGGUUCACGCCAAUGACGGUACGCAUCGGUUCUUUGUUGCAGAGCAGGUGGGGAUAGUGUGGACUUACCUCCUUGACCGAUCCAAGCUGGAGAAGCCAUUUCUGAACAUCACCAAGGCGGUGCUGACAUCAUCAUGGGAGGGAGAUGAGAGGGGCUUCCUUGGAAUCACGUUUCAUCCCAAAUACAAAUACAAUGGCAAACUGUAUGUGUACUACUCAGUGGAGGUUGGCUUUGAUGAGAGAAUAAGGAUAAGUGAGUUCAAGGUGUCAACCAAUGACAUGAAUCUGGUGGACCACACGUCAGAGCGGGUAAUUCUGGAGAUCGAUGAGCCAGCGUCCAAUCAUAAUGGAGGGAUGCUGCUCUUCGGGGAUGAUGGCUACCUGUACAUUUUCACAGGAGAUGGUGGAAUGGCAGGAGAUCCAUUUGGAAAGCAUGGGAAUGCCCAGAACAAGUCUGCCCUAUUGGGUAAAGUUCUUCGAAUUGAUGUGGACAACAACGAGAAAGGUCCGCUGUACAGAAUCCCCACAGACAACCCAUUCAUCCACGAGCCUGGCGCGCGCCCAGAGGUCUACGCUUACGGUGUCCGUAACAUGUGGAGGUGCUCGGUGGACCGGGGGCAUCCACAAACCAAAGAGGGGAAGAGUCGGAUCUUCUGUGGAGAUGUCGGCCAGAACAAGUAUGAAGAAGUUAACAUCAUCGAGGAAGGUCGUAACUAUGGCUGGAGAGCGAAAGAGGGAUUCUCCUGCUAUGAUAAGAAGCUGUGCACCAACAGCUCACUAAAUGACGUGCUGCCCAUUUACGCCUACCCUCAUACGAAGGGCAAGUCGGUGACAGGAGGAUACGUGUACCGAGGCUGUGAACACCCCAACCUGAACGGCAUGUACAUAUUUGGAGACUUCAUGAGUGGGCGUCUGAUGAGCCUAAAGGAGAAUACGAACUCUAGAGAGUGGAAGUAUAAUGAAAUCUGCAUGGGAAUGGGCCUGACAUGUGCCUUUCCUGGACUCAUCAACAACUACUAUCCGUACAUCAUCUCCUUCGCUGAGGAUGAAUCUGGCGAGCUGUACUUCAUGUCCACAGGAACACCGAGCGCCACGGCUCCUUCGGGAGUCAUUUAUAAAGUAGUAGAUCCGUCAAGACGCGCUCCACCAAGACGUUGCCACUACGAACCUCUUCCUGUCAGAGUCAGAAGUAACCUCAUCCAGUUUGUUCCACAGGAAGCUUUGAUUGGGGUUGAAUUGCCAGCCGAAAACACGUCUGAAGCCGAACCCACAAGGACCUAUGACUGGCUUCUGGACCUCCUGGAUCGUCUCAGUGAAAGAGGACAAGUCCAGACCACCCCUGCUCCGAUCAGAACCACCAGAUCACCCCAAAGUCCAAAGAAGAAAGGCCGCAGUCGGAAGGGGAAAGGCAGGUCCAGAAGCAUGUCUGAGCUUCACAAUGGAGUGGUGAGACUGGUCAGGGAUGAAUUCUUGCAUGGAGACCGUGGACGGGUGGAGAUCUAUGUCCACGGGGAGUGGGGUACCGUCUGUGAUGACUUGUGGUCCAUGAAGAAUGCCCAGGUGGUCUGCAGACAGCUGGGAUUCAAGUAUGCCCUAAAAGCAGCGAGGAAUGCUGAAUUUGGAGAAGGAAAGGGACUGCGGAUUCUCCUGGAUGAUGUUCAUUGCAAUGGAACAGAGUUCAGCCUGUUGAACUGCACACAUGCUGGAGUGGGACACCAUAACUGUGCCCACUAUGAAGACGCUGGAGUGAUCUGUGGGAACUCAAAACCCUCUGCAGAAGCCUAGAAGUUGGCAGCAGAAAUGGAGAAAUACUUCAAAGUAACCAAACUAAGUGCUAAAAUCAGGAAACCCUGAAACUCAACAGAUCCUCCAAGGCUCAUUAGAGGGAAGAAAUUCUUCUCAAGUCAUGACGAAAUACUUUGAAUCGUCAAAUUGCAACUUGUUCAGCAGAAUAAAUUCAUAUCAAGUCAUCUUGAGGUUUUAGAUAGAAUGUGGAUUCAGUUCUUUUACUUUAUUGAACGUGCCAAGUUACAAUAAAAUUACAAUAAUGCAAUACCAAUAAACAUUCAAAGCAGUGGGUUGAAGUAUAAACUUAUUAAAAAUCGCUCAAAAUGA